CGCCCAUCACAUGACCCGGGCGCUCAGUCAUUUCUUGGCCGGCUAGGGUUGCGGUGCAGACUAUCGCGCUUUCUUGUUUGAUAUCUGUCGUUUUUGAACGCGUUGUGGGUCGUAAAGAGGGUCGAGCACGAGUGUAGGGUAACCGUGCAGGAUGCCAAUCUUAUACAGCGUCGUUGCGCGCGGGACGACGGUUCUUGCUCGUUUUGCGAGCUGUACGGGCAAUUUCGCCGAGGUUGCUGAGCAAAUAUUGAAGAGCAUCGCACCGGAGAACGCCAAGUUGACGUAUACGCAUGCGAGCUACUUGUUUCACUACGUUUCCGAAGAUGGAAUCGUCUACUUGUGCAUCACAGAUGAUGAUUUUCAGAGGUCGACUGCUUUUAUCUUUCUUGAUGAUAUAAAAACGAGAUUUGUGAGACAGUAUGGCACAAGAGCUCAAACUGCUUUACCGUUUGCUAUGGACAGUGAGUUUUCUCGAGUGUUGUCAUCUAGAAUGAAAUAUUACUCUGAAGGUCGAAGAGGUGACCAGAUGACUCAAGUACAAGAUCAACUAGACGAACUAAAGGGAAUCAUGGUCAAGAACAUUGAUUUAGUAGCAAACAGAGGAGAAAAGCUUGAGCUGUUGGUUGACAAGACGGAGGAUCUAAGCCAAAGUGCAAUGACUUUCAAGAAGAGUAGUCGAAACCUUUCGAGAGCCAUGUGCUUGAAGAAUUUCAAGAUUACCGCCAUUAUUAUUGUUGUCGUUUUGGUUAUCAUUUUCUUCAUUAUUGUAGCUGCUUGUGGUGGCUUCAGCUUCAAAAAGUGCAAGUAGACUGUAGGAAAGUGCUAAACGUUGAGCUGGAUGGAAUAUGGCUGGGUGGGUGGGCGGAGCUGUAGAUGGUUUGUGGAACAAUUGAGUGUGUGGUUAGAGGUAGUACUGGUAGUAAUAGUAGUGGUGAUCAGGAUUUAUUACGUUUCUGGACACGGAUGUUUUCUUUCGUGAAUGAAUGAUUUGUAGUUGUUACUUGAUGUCUUUGAGUUGCUGUACCAAAUCAGUUGGCUCAGUCCUCUCCAUCGA